GGCAGGCACCAUCAUGCCCUCCCUGCCUCUCGGUGCUGGAGACGGAGCCCAAGCCCUUUGCAGGCUGGGCAAGCAUUCUACCACUUAAGCUAUGUCUCCAGCCUGGAAAAAAAAAAAAAAACUUCAUAAAAUUUCAUAACCUCAGAAUUUAAUGAAUGGAGAACAGAAGGGGAAAGGCUUGGGAAUGAAUGAAUGAAUAAAUGGUUUGGGUUUUUGUUUGUUUGUUUGUGUUGUGUUUGGUUGGUUUUGGUUUUUCAAGACAAGGUUUCUCUUGGCUGCCCUGGAACUUACUCUGUAGACCAGGCUGGCCUCAAAGUCAGAGAUCCAUCUACUUCUGCCUUUUGAGUGCUGGGAUUAAAGUCCUGUGCCACAUUGCUGGCUAUAAAUGUGAUUUUUUUUUUUUUUGGUUCUUUUUUUCGGAGCUGGGGACCGAACCCAGGGCCUUGCGCUUCCUAGGCAAGCGCUCUGCCACUGAGCCAAAUCCCCAACCCCGUGAUUUUUUUUAAAGAUUUAUUCAUUUAUUAUAUAUAAGUACAUUGUAGCUGUCUUCAGAUACACCAGAAGAGGGGAUCAGAUCUCUUUACAGAUGGUUGUGAGCCACCAUGUGGGUGCUGGGAAUUGAACUCAGGACCUCUGGAAGAGCAGUCGGUGCUCUUAACUGCUGAGCCAUCUCUCCAGCCCAGCACUGAGGUCUUUGAGCUCACAGAUGAGCACCAGGAAAACCCAGAAUGUUAGCCCACAGGGUUGUUCAUCCGAGGGAAGGAAUGCAGACUGCUACCCAGCCAGAAAGGCUGUGAGCACAUGGGGUUAAAGGUGAUCUGUGUUAUGUGUGGCAGAGCCCACACAGGAUCCUUCCCGGACCCUCAGAGCUUUGCUUUGUUUGGUUGGGGUUUUUUGUUUGCUGUUUGCUUGCUUGUUUUACUGUGGUUUUUCAAGACAAGGUUUCUCUAUACAGCCCAAGUGUCCUGGAACUCAUCCUGUAGACCAGGCUGGCCUCAAACUCACAGUGAUCCCCCUGCCUCUGCUUUGCAGCAACUCUGCCUAGCUUCCCCAGACCCUUACUGUAAGCUUUUCUCAGCCAAUCCAUAGAGCUCAUCUUUACAGAAGGUGUCACAUGUACUUUACAAGAAAUUUUGAUGUCAUAACAUCCAAUCUUUUUUAAAAAGAUUUAUUAUGUAUACAGAAUUCUUGCCUGCACAACAGAAAGGGGCACCAGACCUCAUUACAGAUGGUUGUGAGCCACCAUGUGGUUGCUGGGACUUGAACUCAGGACCUCUAGAAGAGCAGCCAAUUCUCUUAACUGUCCAAUCUUUACUUAGCUUAUUUAUGCUUUAUUGUGCACAUAAGACUGAGUUAAUAUCAGAAGGAAACAUUUCACCAAAUUGUGCUGUGUUUAAAUACACCUAGCAUACACCACUCAGGGUCAGUACUCCAAGUCUGAACUAACACAGACCACUCAGUGUUGGUGAAUCAGAUCACCUUGCCUCCCUUGGCUCAUCAACUCUGCUGGCUGAGUGUUCACAGACAGCCCCUGCCUCAACACCACCACACACACACACACACACACACACACACACACACACACACACACACACACACACGUUUUCACAUAUAUGGAUGGGAUGGAGAUAGAUAAAAUAAAACAGGCACAAUGUUCACUGCUGAAGCUAGAGGGAGGACAGCAUUAAGUUAUCCUGUCAACUUGAAGCUUAUGUGGUUUUCUGAAAUAAAACUAUCUAGAACUAAUCCACAUUAAAAUAGCUAGUGAGAACAGAGGCUGCUCUCCGUCUGGAAAUUACCUUCUAACUUACUUCGCUGGCCUGCCUAUCUACCUUCUGGUUCUGGAAUCCAUCCGGGACGCCACGCGUUAUACCCUGCUCUCCAUCCGCAAUGUCCCUGUUUCUCAUUUUAAAAUGAUCUUGUUUCAUUUUAACAGAUUGUUUUUAUAGUUUUACACAGGUCUUAGACUAGUUUUUUUUUUAAAUUGUAAGUAAAAUACAAAUUAUUAUAUCUAGAUAUUUGUGGUUUAUGACAGGAUCUUGCUAUGUAGCCCAGGCUGGAGGCCCCUUGAGUGCUGGCACUGCAGGAAGAAGGCACCAUGCCUGGCUGUGUUUAGAUCUUCACACUGCUUUCACUGUCCCAGCGGAUACUCCUCACGGCCAGUGAAGAAGAGCUGCAAAGGAACUAUACUUUGUCCAUGGAGAUAACUGACUCACCUGGCCAUCUCAGGGAACCACGGGAAGGGAAAAACAGGCCCUCAUCCCAGAAUCUAGUUUAAGUUGUGCCUGCAGAGAGCCAAGAAUGUCUACAUAGCUAACAAAAAUUGCUAUGAAGAUGACUACAUAGACAUUUCCUCAGCAUUUAUUUCUGAGAGAUAUUUCAAAUAAGAAUAUUAAUGAAGGCUGGAGAGAUGGCUCAGUGGUUGAGCCCUGACUGCUCUUCCAGAGGUCCUGAGUUCAAAUCCCAGCAACCACAUGGUAGCUCACAACCAUCUGUAAUGGGAUCUGAUGCCCUCUUCUGGUGUGUCUGAAGAGAGGGACAGUGUACUCACAUACAUACAUACAUACAAUAAAUAAAUCUUUUUUAAAAAGUCACCAAAAUCAGGGGUUGGGGAUUUAGCUCAGUGUAGAGUAAAGCACAAGGUCCUGAGUUCGGUCCCCAGCUCCGAAAAAAAGAAAAAUGGAAAAAAAAAAAAAGUCACCAAAAUCAUGUUCCGCUAUUGUUCAGUUACUUAAAUGCCCAUUCUCUCUACUCAAAUCUGUUCUUCUUGGGUGUAUGCAACUAUUCUUUUCUUAAUAACCAUGCCCCUCCUGACUCCUGUACUUAAAUCGACAUUAGAACCUUUUAACUUCAUUUUCUUCCCCGCCCCGCUCUCUUUUAAAAGACAAGACUUUCCUGUACAGCCCAGGUUGAUCUAAACCUCAUUCUGUAGCCCAGACAUGCCUCAAUCUCAAUAAUCCUCCUGCCUCAUCCAACCCUGCCUAGGGUACACUGACAUGUGUGGAAACAUGUAUAGGCAUACACAGAAUAGAAUAAAGGAUUCAGAAUAAAUCCACACGAUUUACCACUGAUAUUUCAAAAGAUUAUUUUUGUGUUUACCGAUGUCUCUGUGGAGGCCAGAGGGGGGUGUCAGACCCUGAGAACAGCAAGUGCUCAUAACUGCUGAGUCCUCUCUCUAGCCCCAGUUAGCUAAUUUUUUACACUGGAGUAAAGAUAGACUCUUUUACUAACGGCACUGGGAAAACUAGGUAUUCACAAGUAAAAGAAUAGAGGUAGAUUUCUAUCUCCCACCAAUCGAUUGAUGAGAGCAGAUUCCUGUAUAAAAAUCAAUCCAAAAUGGAUCAACAGUUUGAAUGUAAAGGCUGAAGCUGCUAAAAGGAAAAUCUAGGGAAAAUGCUUCAAGAUCUAGGUACAGGAAAGGACCUUCUGAACAGGACAUCAAAGGCCUAGGAAAGAAGCCCAGAUGACAAACUGAUCACAUACAAUCAAAAGGUUUCUACAGCCUGCUACACACCUUUAAAUCCAUAGAUCAAUAUGAGUGCAAGGCCAGCCUGGUCUACAGAGAGUUUCAAGAAAGCCAGGGCUACACAGAGAAACCCUGUCUCAAAAAAAGAAAAAUAUAACAGCAAGGAAAAAUAAAUAAUUAUCAUGACCACAAGGUUCAAACAUUCUAGGCUCUGAACAAGAGAUCAAAUCUAAGAAUCUGUAGCUAGGAGCUCACACCUACAAUAAUGACAUAGAGAAUUUAUUCAAUGAAAUUGUAACAAAUUUUCUACUGUGUGACUAUUUCUCUAGAAAUACAUUUAGAACCUUAAAUAAACAUGACUAGAAAAGGACUUCCCCACACUACAUUACAGUCAAGAUGUCAAGGAUGCAGAGCAGAGACAACAUGAGAAGCUGGGCAGGAGCAGAUAUACCACCUCAGCUACAAGAGCAGGAGGUGUACGUUAACUCAGAGACGCCAAUCUCUUAUCAGCGACUCUCAAACUCAGGAAAGCAGAAGAUGUAUUUCAAGUCCUCUGAAUAAAUGCCAAACCCAGAGUUCAACAUCUAGCAACAUUAUCAAUUCAAAGCUACCUAAAGGGCUGGCCACAUGGCUUAGCUGGUUAAGGGAGAUUGCUGCCAACCCUGACAGCCUGGGUUCAAACCCUAGAGCACACAGUGCGAGGACACACUGACUCCCACAAGGUGUCCUGACUUCCAUACACACACCACAGUACGUGUACUAACAUCACAAAGCACACAUUCCUGCAAAUAAUAAAGUCUUCAAAAGAACUAUUAGAGAAUACACUGGCGGAUGUGACUCCACAGGAGAAGUUAAAUGUCUGAUAACUGAGAAAUUCCAAAAGCAAGAUCACCAAAGCAGCUGAACGAAUAGAGCUGCGAAUUUAGGAAAUAAUCACAACUAUUAUUCGUCUUUGUGCUAUUAAGGAUGGAACCCAAGACUUCACUCAUGCUAAGCGCAUGCUCUACUACUAGCACCCCGUUUUAUUUAGGCUCACAACAGCAUAAUGCUGAACCUGACUCUUACCGAACAAGUAAGCAGGGCUGGUGAACAGCUCAGCACUCUGUUGCCCAAAAACCUGAAUUUAAUUCCUGCGACCCACGUGGCAGAAAUGUAGUAGGCUACUGACCCACAGUUACGACAUCUCAUCAAAAUAUUCCUGAGAAUACUUUAAGUGCUAAAUUAUCUUGGGUAAAACUGGUCUCUGGACCAGCCCCAAAUUCCUACAUAAUGGGGCCGUGAGCUAAAGGUUAAUUGCCUGACCAUUAAACUGUUAUCUCUCCACUCCUGUAAGCAAUACUUGCUUUCUGUAUAUGCCACAAUUGCAUUGGUUUUUCCCUUUAAAAAAUCAAACCAACUGGAGUUCCACAAUGCUUCCCAAUAAUCUGCUUGGAGCAGUCCAGCCUGAGGUUAAUAAAGACUCCGUUCAACUUAGUCAGGCCUUUUGGGAGCUUUUCUCUUCAGAUAACCUAUAACAGGACAGAAGGACCCUUACAAGUUAUCUUCUGAUCUCCACUCCUAAACUGUAGAACACACCCACACACAUAAAGGUCAUAAAAGGAUUAAGACACAAAGUAACAUUUGAAAGAACUCAGUUAUACUGGCAAUAGGGAAGUUUAAAGCAGCAAGACCCCAUUUUUCUUCCAUCAGAUUCAGAAACUGUCAAAACAUUAUAUAAGGCAGUUCUAAAAAGCAGUGAGAAAAGUCACACUCAUGUUAAUUCAUGGGACCCACACAGGUAAUAUUUUUGAGAGGACAAUUACCAAGAUCUAACAAAGUGUUAGCAUGUCCAAGGCUUUUGGGCAGGCUCCCUCCUCUAGAAACCUAUUCUACAGAAAUCCUUACCAUGUGCUCAAGAUGUUCACUGGAGCUUUUCCUUUGGAUUAGUAGAAAACUGCAGCUUUGUAAAGAAAUGUCAUUCAGCAGCAAAAAGGUUGGGGAUCAGUAUGACCACUGAAAGGAGCAAAUCUCCAGGUGCUCACACAGGUAGAAAAGAGAGCGCCACUGAUGGCCAGGCCCAUUCUGAUCAUAUCAAGUUAAUGUAAAAAAGAUUAUAUAAUAGAUUGGAGGCUAUAGUUUUUACUACAUGUAUUCUGGUAGGUUUAAAAUUUUUUGUGUCUGUGUAUGUAUUAACAGUUCUGGGUAUCAAAUCAAAACAAGGUCUUGGGUAUACUCGGUAAACAUUCUUCAUCCACUGAGUUCUACUCUCAAACCCUCCAUUGUUACUAUUUAUCAAUUUUUCUGAGACAGAGUCUCACUUUGUAGCUGGCCUUGAAGUCACAAGAAACCUACUCUUUCAACCUGAAUGCUGGGCUUUUAGGUGAGAGCCAACACGUCCACAUCCAGUAUUAUUUUAAACGACUGCAAAAUGAAUGUGCAUAAUAAUUUUAAUUAAGAAAAAGGAAAAGUUUGGAAAACCACAACGGUUAACUCCUUUGUUAACUCUAGUUCCUAGGAGGGGAAAGCCACACACCCACUCACCCAAUGCUGAGUUAAAAGUUCUACAAGGCUGAUUCUUCUGUGAUAGCAGAGGCCUGGAAUGCUGAAGCCUGAGGCUAAAAUUAUCUUGGGCUCUCCAGAGCCUUCCAGAUAACCUCUCAUUGCCCACUUCUGCUUAGCAUCUUUCCUUGUGACUGUCCUUCCAGAAUGUACAAACAGAACACUAGUUUCCGCCAAUCCCAAAGACUAAGAAUGUUAUCAGAUGAAAUCUAAGGCCUAUAGCCAGAGACAUUCUAUAAAUUGAAGUGUCUUAUCUCUUUUUCACCACAUAAAAUUCAUAAAACUCUAACAGUUUUAUGUUGGGGGCAGGCUGAAAUCUGUUCAUAGGUCAUGGUCACUCACAUUUUAGUGCAGAAUAAACUCUAUUCCUUUUAAGGUGAAAUUGGUUUUUUUCAUCCACAACUUCAGGGAGAAGGGGCAACAGUGAGCUUGUUACUUUUCACUAUUAACUGUUAAAAGAAAAAAACUGAAUAUUCAAUUUUUGUUAAAUUAAGAAACUUCAGCGAAUCCAUGAGGACAUUUUUCAAACAAGUGAAUUGUCCUCCAACUCAGUAUACCCUAGCAACGUCUCAGUCACAAAUAAAAUGGCAACGUUAUUUUCUCGGUACUUUUCCCGUUACGUCCUUUAUACGGCAAUUAAGGAUGCAAAAAAAUUCCUCUCCUUUAUGGAAUAUUACUGCCUUAAAUAUUACCUUCCAGUAAGAAUGCAAAGCCUGGCUGGCCAAGAAUUUCAGCAGAGCAUUCCAAACUGUCAAGAUUCCCUUUCUAGUCCUAUUCUAACUGUUCAGUUUCCUUAAAAAAACAAAAAACAAAAAAACCCUAUUACACAUAAGGAGAAAUAUAGAUCACCUUUACCCCGUGGGAUUGGCGGAAAGCAGUUAAUGAACAUGAAGUAUGACACAGUAAACAGUCGGCAUGGUAGUUAAGAUGAGACCCUCCCGGCUAACACUAUCGGGCAAGGAGUGUGCAGCACGCUACAUUAAAACCAGCAUGACUCUGCACAAUGACAGGCCUGGACAUUUUCCGGGGAAGGGCCGUUUGGAACCGAAGAGACCAAAUCGGGAAAUACAGAGGUAAACAAAGAAAGGCAAAAGGCCGGACCCAGGACAUUAACCCGAAAACGGAGUCGCCACCGCCUGCUGAACUGGCUGAAACUUGGGCCCAAGCGACACACACGUUCUGGGCUCCUUCCCGCUCUGUCACCGUCGCGUCACCCCACGGCCUCCCUCCCGAAGGAAGGCACUUGCCGCCUGACGCAUGCCCCUUAGAUAGCGGCCGCCUCCAUUUUGUCCUGGGUCUCCUCCGCGCGAGCGGCGAGCUAUUUUUAACGUUCUAAAUCUGAGGGCCGGAGGGGGAGGGGCGUGGGCUUGCCCGCCGGGCGCUUGGAGAUCGCCGCGAGGGACUGAGGCUGGGGAUGCAGGUUGUCAAGGUCACCAAAGCCAGGACAAAGGACACGUAGGGGACAAGGCCCGCGGAAACAGCGCCAGGCGACUUCCGGCAAUGCGGGGACCGUCAAGCCCGGACUCCCGCCCUCUCGGAGGACAAAGCAGCGCCGGACGCGCGGUCCCGGCUCCGCCCUCGGCGCGCGCCCCGCGCCCAGCACGGGAACGCGCACAACGGUUGGAAAUGGCGGUUAAGGUGGAGGAGGGGCUGAAGGGAAGCGAAGUUUCUCGAUGCUCCUUGUCUCGGGCCGCCCCGCCUGCGAGACAGGAACCGGUGGAGCUUCUCUAGGUUGUCUCCUCUUGUGUUCCAUUCCUGAUGGUCUGUUGCGGGGUUGGAAAAACAGUGUGGUUGGUUCCAAGGAACAAAAGAGGGGGCCACGGCGGGCUUCGGGACGGCCCCAGGAUCGCUCCCUAAGAUGGCCGCCGCCGUGAGGGAGGGUGGGCGGAGCCCGUACUGCUUCCGUCGCGGGCCUGGGCGGGGCGGUAGCGACUACUUGCACCCAUGGCUGCCGCCUCGGAGCCCCACGAGCCGGAGAAAAAGCCCUUCAAGCUCCUAGGUAUUUUAGAUGUUGAGAACACUCCAUGCGCUCGAGAAUCUAUACUGUAUGGCUCACUAGGAUCUAUUGUGACUGGACUUGGACAUUUCUUGGUGACCAGCAGAAUUAGAAGAUCCUGUGAUGUUGGAGUAGGAGGAUUUAUCCUGGUGACUUUAGGAUGCUGGUAUGUUUGCUGGAUAUUCCAGGAAAGUCAGGAGAAGUAACAACAUUCACUCAAUAAAUAUGGGGUUCCACUGUAGGUAUAAUUUUGCUAAGCAGAGGAUCCAGGAAAGAAUUGCCAGAGAAGGAAUAAAAAACAAGAUUUUAUAUGAAAGCACCCACCUUGAUCCUGAAAGAAAAACGAAGAGCAGUAACAGCAGCUGAGCGACUUCAUCAGCUUUAAACCCACAACUAUGCUUCCUUGUGAAUCAACCAUAAAUUAAACUCAAGUGUGUCAACUGUA